AUGGCGACGUUCUCCCUGAACCUCCAGCGCCGGGUCGAAGCUGGACUAGCAGCCAGCGGUAAGUUCGACGGUAGCCACGCCUGUCUAGCCGUGGCCACGUCGGCCGGUAACGUCCUCGUGCACAGUCCCCAUCGCGAGGCCCCCACCUCGAACGGGCUCAACACCGAGGCCAGGCUCACCUGGACCGGAGAGAUUGCCGAACUCCAGAUCGGUAGGCAGGUGACGGCACUGUGCGCCGGACGCUUUGGAGACGAGGAGAGGGACGUGCUGCUCAUCGGGACGUCGACCCACGUUCUCGCUUACCAGGUCGAGGACAACGCGGACUUGUUCUACAAAGAGCUACCGGACGGUGCCUACUGCAUAACGAUAGGCAAACUGGGCUGGCUUCCGGGCCAGGUGGCCAUCAUCGGCGGGAACUGCUCGAUCAUCGCCCUCGACUGCCAAGGCGAGGAGGUCUACUGGACGGUGGCCAGGGACAGGGUCACCGCUCUCGCGCUCGUCGACUUCAACGGCGACGAUGACAACGAACUGCUCUCGGGGACCUCGGAUUUCACGAUCAUGGCCCAAAAGGCAGACGCGAUCCUGUGGAAGACGACGGAGAACGCGCCGAUCGUGGCGCUGCUCGCGCUGGCCAGCAGGAGAUUCGCGUACGCGACUCGCAUCGAGGGCAACGGGACGCUCGGUGUCUACGACUCCGGGCACAUACAGUGGCGCAUCAAAUCCAAGCACAAGGUGGUGGCGACGCGGACCUUCGACCUGAACGGCGACGGUACAAUGGAGCUGCUGACCGGCUGGAGCAGCGGCAAAGUGGACGCCCGGUCGUGCUCCAACGGCCAGGUGAUAUUCAAGGUGCAGAUGAACGCCCCGAUCGCGGGGCUCGCCGAGGCAGACUACCGGAAAACCGGUCGAUCGGACCUCAUCGUGCUGACCGUCGCCGGGGAAAUUCGGGGAUACGCGACGGGGACGUCGAUCGAGCCGCCGGAGCCGGGGGACGUGUACCGGGAGCUGUUGUUGAAAAAACACUCCUUGCAGAUGGAGCUGCGCCAGCGAACUGCCUCCGAGUCCAACUACUACCUGGGCUCCAAGCUCGCGGUCAGCAUAGCUUCGGCUCGCGGCGCGGUGCGCCUUGGUCUGGCUUCCGGGCCCGGAUUGUUCAUAUACUACGCGAUGGUGUUCGCCGAGGGGAUAUUCGAGGGCGAGAGCAUGGUAGCCCACCCCACCAAGCCCCAGGGCGAGCUCGAGAUCCCCCUGCGCUUUCCAAAGAACGGACCGAUCAACGUCCACGUGAAAACUUGCCUCGGAGCUCCAAAUUCCGAGCUCCUCAUGGUCCUCGAGUUGACCCACCAGUUGCCCGAGUUUUGCAUGUACGAGGCCACACCCCGGCCAUACGACGUCCCGGAAACCCUCCUGGAGUGCGGUCUCGUGGCUGAAAUAGCCGAGAGAGCUCAACGAGUGGCGCUGUGGCUGAACCAGUGCCUGGUCAUCUCGAGCGACAUACAAGUGCUGGAGAUCGGCCCGGAAGCCGGGAGUUUGGAGAUCUGGUUGCGUGGCUUACGGGAUGAAAAGCACCACUGUAUCGAGGUCGACUCCUCGGGCAAGCUGACCUUACGCACCGAGGACCCAACCUUCGCCGGGGACGUCGUUCAGUCGCUCGCUUCGUACCUCGGGCUCCGGGAACUCGGCUCCGAGGCGAAAUUCCCCCGCGAGGAGGAGUGCAUGCUCGACGCCCUCCACAAGCUCAAGGGGUACAAGGAGGCGGAGGCGCGACUGCAGGCCGAGACCGCGGGCAGCGCGAACAUGGUCAAGAGCCUGGUGCUGCAGCUGGAGGACGCGAGGAUACGGGAGAACUUUGGGAGCAUGAGGGCGAGGCUGGCCGAGCUGAGGGAGGUCAAUGGCGACCUGUUGCGCGACCACGAGAUACGCUCCGGGAGCUUUGCCGAUCUCGUCGCGGCGCUUAGGGAGCUCAACGUUGGCGUGCAGAGCGCCUCGCGGCUACGAGUGGGAAAAGCAGCGACCAACGCCGUUCAGCGCUGCAGAGCGGCCAUCAAGGAAGGAGACGGGAGAGCCCUCGUCGCGGCACUCAGGCACGGCUGAUGAUGCCCGCUUU